CCGGGCACGUGGAUUUUCUGUUCAUUGUUUCCGUGGUUAUUAGCCUGUGGUUCAUGCUUUUGUUCACUGAGCAAAUUUCUUCGUCUAGAUUUUCUAAAAAUCAUUUAAAAAAACCGGACCUAAUUCUUGUUGUGACGAGGACAGGCUAUAAUGGUUUUAUUACCCGAAGACUCAGAGGGCGUGUUGUACAGGCGACGCGUAGCAACAGCUAUAAUAGCCUGCAUAGUGGAUGUACGUUUUUAAAGCGCCGGGCACAGCUAGUGUUUUGCUGUUCUUAUGUCUAUAGGCAAAAUGCUGCAUCACUAAGGAUUUGCAUUAACUGUCGUGGACAAUGCAUGGCUGGCUCAUGUUUUGCAUACACGAUGUGAUCAGUGCCCGUCUUCCGAUACCACCAUGUCACCAGCAUCGGCUGCGAGCGCCACUGAGGGCAGUACCAACGCAGUUCCCGACGAUGAAGCGGAGAGCCCCCGCGAGGAGCAGCGGCCUCGGAGGCAAUCCCUAAGCAAGAGCCUGUGCCGCCGGCCGCACUGGAAAUGCCUCCUCCUCACCCUGCUCAUGUACGGCUGCGUGGUUGCCAUGGCCUGGUGCCACGUCACCAAGGUGACGCGCCUAACCUUCAACAGCUCCUUGAAGGGCAAGUCUAUGAUUUACCAUGAGAGCCCCUGCUCGGGUGGCUACGUCUACAUCCCUGCUGCCUUCCUGCUCAUGCUCUACCUGGUCUACUUGGCGGAGUGCUGGCACUGCUACGCCCACAGUGAACUGCAGCAUAAGGUGGACGUAGGCGGCGUCUCAGAGCGGGUGCGGCAGAUGUGCCAGGCCACGCCGUGCAUCUGGUGGAAGGCCAUCAGCUACCACUACGUGCGGCGGACGCGGCAGGUGACGCGCUACCGCAACGGCGAUGCCUACACGGCCACGCAGGUGUACCACGAGCGCGUCAACACACACGUAGCGGAGGCCGAGUUCGACUACGCCAAUUGCGGCGUGAAGGAUGUCUCCAAGCAUCUCGCUGGUCUGGAGAGCUUCCCCGUCACCAAGCUCCGCUUCACAAAGUGCUUCAGCUUUGCUAACGUGGAGUCGGAGAACGCGUACCUCACCCAGAGGGCAAGGUUCUUCACGGAGAACGAGGGCCUGGACGACUACAUGGAGGCACGCGAGGGCAUGCACUUGAAGAACGUGGACUUCAGGGAGUGCGUGGUCGCCUUCUCAAACCCUGAGCACCUGCCGUGGUACGCACGGCGCUGCGUGUUUUGGGGGGCGGCGGCACUGACACUGUCCUGGCCCAUGCGGGUACUGAGCGAGUACCGCACGGCUCAUCUUCACUACCACGUGGAGAAGCUGUUUGGCUUCGACUACGUGCCCACCACGCCGCUGGACGAGCGGCCCUAUUGCCACCACAUCCCGCGGGUGACCACCAUCGAUAGCACCGAGCUAGAGUGGCACAUCCGUUCCAACCAGCAGCUGGUGCCCAGCUACUCGGAGGCUGUGCUCAUGGAUCUGGCCUGCAAUGGCUAUUCCCCCCACAGCACUAGCACUGGCGCUGGCUACCGGCAGAGCUGCGAGCGCUGCCAGAGGGCCAUCAGCAGCUCGUCCAUAUUCUCCCGCAGUGCUCUGAGCGUGUGCAACAGCAGCAGCCCCCGCCUGGCCUUCAGCGGCAGCCGCUUCUCCCUGGGCCGCUUGUACGGCUCCAGGAGGAGCCUCCUGUGGAGGAGCCACAGCGGAAGCCUGAAUGACACAGCCUGCCCCACUGAGAGCACCCACUGCCUGGCAGGAAGGCCCGCCCCGGAGGACGGCCUGCCUUCGCCCCCAGCCUAUCAGGAUGCAAUGUACUUCCCCAUUCUGAUUGUGCACCGCAACGAGGGCUGCCUCAACCACGACCACCGCUCGCUGCAUCGCAAUGGUUCUUGCGUGGAGACGUCUUUAUGACCCAGGCUUAUGUCUGGCAAAGCCUCGAGCGCUUGCUAGCGAGCUGGUUGCUCACAAGAGGUGUUGUAUGAUGGCAUCCUGGGAGAGGGGUCCCCUCAUCGGUGUUCAUAAUGAGGAAUGGACUUCAGGCAACUUUAAGUCUAAAAGAAAGAUAUGCUUCCAUCUGCAGAUAAUAAUGAAUCCCUUUAGACUACUGAGUGGAACUUGGAGCUGCUUUGUCUGGGAAUACUAUACUGCUUUAUAGUUGGAUCAUACACUGGAUAAAGAGAAAAACACUUUUCCACAAAUACAGACAAUCCAGAAGCAAACACAAUUAUUUAAUUAUUAUGCAUAAUAAACAACAGUUAACCAGAAUGCCGUGACAUUUCUAUUAUUGCAGGCAAUAGAAAGCAGCAUACUCUUACAGAAUGAUGAAAAAUGACACUUCUAAUUCUGUCCACUGCAGGCAAACUGCUUGUCUUUGCUCUGUAUCUCUGGUCAUGGCCCUCCGUGAUAUGAGACAGUAACAGGAUGCAAGUGCUGAAUCUCAGUUUAACUGUUUUAACGCUAACAUUCAUGAUCAGCUGAUCAUUUUCAUUUUGAAGACUAAUAACCUUUUAUAGGCCAUGGUUCUGUGUCAGGGAUUAGGUAUCAGAAUUGCUUUGCCCUUUGAUGAUCAAUAUGACAGAGUUGUAAGGUAAAACAGAGCUAUGUUAAAUUUUGAAUCAGUGAUCUGCACUUGUAAUGGUGCCAGUGAAACGUGCAGUGUCAGGAUUGAAGUAUAUGUAAUAAGUAUAUGUAAUGCUGAAUAGGUGAAAUGCUACAAGACACUACAACCUUCAUAAUUAUUGUGCUUUCUUUCAGAGUGCAGCUAGAUGGCUAAAAGGCACUUUUUUCAUUUCUCCUAAGACCAUAAAAAAGGGACAAUCUCGCUUUCUAAGAGGUUCUACAGUUAUUUCUGUUUCGGACAUCAUUCCAGGGGGGCCUAUUUAAUGUUGAAAGUAGUUAGAAAGCAAUUGCCAAAAAAGCAAAUAUUACAUGUCUAAAACAUUUUUCUUCCUAAGCUAUUUAUAGUCAGGACUAUGAAUAAUUUUGUGUAUACAAGCCAAAGGACAAGAGAAGUCAUUCUCACGUCAAAAUAGAAUUAAUCUUAACACAUUUUCAGAUCUUUGCGUGAUGGUGAUCUUCAUUACUAUUGUUAAAUUUCCUUUUUAUGUAUGUUGUAUAUUUUUUUUAUGUUUUUUAUAUAGCAGCAUGAAAUAGUUCUUGUGACUACAACAUUUUGUAACUAAUUAAUUUUAAGUGCCUAACAUUUGUUUCUGCAUCAGCACUGCAUGUAUAAUUGUUAAGGUGUUGCCCUCUCUCGUGUUUUUAUGCAGACAUUGCCUACUUGAAGCCACCAUGAGGCUUUGAUUAAGUCCUCUCAAAGAGGAAGCCUUUCAUUGUUUAAAUGCUUAAAUUAAAUGCCUUUUUUUUUUUUUUUUUUUUUUAGAUCAGGUCACUUUAUGAUGAUCACUGUAUCAGAGCAAAGUAAAAAAAAAAAAAAAAAAGUAGCUAGUUUUGGUAGCUUUGAUAGCUUUCCUUUAGUCACUGUAGCUAUUGUGCUAUUUUAAAAUGAAUGUUUUCAGGAGUGUUUUUGCAUAAUGAUUGUUGAAUUCUUCAUUUUAGAAUUUGGUAGCUCUUGUGAGAGAUCAUGUUAUCCAAAAUGCAUCAGUGAACCAUGCUCAAGGACAGGUUCAAUCUGUCUUUCGCACAACACUUUCUUCCAGUUUUUACACAAUCCCACUGAACAUAAGCACAACGUAUCUGUCCCUUCAUGCACUACUGAUGGUGUGGUAGUCCACUGCAACCAGGCUGAACUAUACCGCUGGGCUUCCUGAAAAUAAUAAAUCAGACAGGGACUGAAGAUGACACUCAAUCCACCCCUCAGAGUAAACAGUUGGAGGAACUGCUCAUUGUAAUGCACGCUUAGCUAUCAUACAGUGUCAGUGCUACCACAGCACUUUUUUAAAAAUUUUACUUGACGCAUUGUAAUUACCAUACCAAAUCACUUGGGAAAGGAGCUGUAUAUCAUGAGUAAUGGAUGAACUGACGCUCAGGUCUCUGUGUCCGUUUCGUGCACUACUUUGUAUAUAACAAUUUGUUUGGUGGCCACGACAGUUGGGAUGAGUACGGUAGCGGAGAAAACGUAGAAGAGAAAUUAUUCACGACAACAACUCCCUUCACUGAGAUUCAAUGUUAACUGUGUCAAAGCGUAGCCUAAUUUGCCAGGCAACAGUACUGCCUAGAAAUGCUCCACCACUCAGCCGGACUCUGACCUCACAUUUCUGGGUAGGAGGAGCUUCACUUCAAAACAAACUUGUGUGAUUGCCUACCAUGGUUUCAUAAAUACAACAGGGAAGUAGAGUAGGCGAUAUGUUAAAAAUAACUGUGUGGUAUAGAUGAGUGUAGAUGGUUGCUAGAGCUAAUUGUAGCAAGACGACUUGAUUGGCGAUUAUAUAUACCUCCUCCAUGUAAAUGUAAAGGUCCUUGAAAACUGUCCUAGUGAGUGGUGAGUUUCUCCUUUUACCUCUUCACCUUAACUUUGGAGUUUUAACUGUCCUUCUCAAUUGGUAGCAAAUUCUGAUUCAGCAAACAUUUUAUAUAACUUGUAUCCAAGUGUGUUGUAUUAAACAUGUGUCAGAAAACAAACAAGUAGCAUCUUCUUGUUGUUUAUAAAUGAGUGAAAACAUAGAUGGUGAGAUGCCCUCAUUUGCCAUUGUUAUGCUGUCAGAUAUUUCAGCAUUGUCACAGAGUACAGACUGAUUGCAGAGCAGCAAAGUGCAGAUUCAGAUUCACCAAAAUCAAGCACAAAGAAAAACGAACUAUCCGAGUCAAAGAUUUCUUUUCUACUUUAUUUUCACAAUUUGUCUUUGUAAUUGUGGCCUUCGCUAUCACUUCAAAAAGCAUUCCACUGCCUACUACGUAUUGAUUACUUUGUAUACUAAGAAGUGCUGGUUAACAGCAGGUGAAGAGCUGGUGGUAGAUACUGUGUGAAAUUAAUCUGUUCUGCUGUUGCCUGUGAGAUGUUCAGAAAUGUGCACAGAACCGAUCAACACACGUUAAAUCUGCAAACACAAUGUUGCCUUUACAUAAUGUGGCAUGUAAUGGCUUGGAGCCCAAAUACAAAUGUAAAGUUGAAAAACUCAAUAAAGCAGAAUCUGUAUUGAAAGGUUCUGGCUUUCAUAUGACUAAUGCAACAAAUGUAUUUGUGUUUCACUUGCAUGUGAAAAUCUCCUAAUAAACUCUGCAUGACAUA